GAAUGAGUGAGGCAUGCAAUGCUUGGAAGUUUCGAAGAAGACUCCGAGUCCGAGUCUGGGCGAGCCUUGCCUGAGGUCGUUCAGAAGCGCAGGACGCACAGCUCUUCAAGUUCAAGUUCCAGCCAUCACCGUCAGGUAUUGCUGCGUCCCAGCUGGUGUCAGGGGCCAUCUCGAGGUCGUUUCGAGGUCGUUGGCAGAAGCACGAUGGGUUCGUCUGAGGAUAAGGAGCAGCUGGUGAACCUGAAGAAACGAUUGGAUGGGAAGGUGGCAAUUGUGACAGGUGCAAACUCGGGGCUGGGCAAAGAGACUGCCAAAUUCCUGGCGGGUGAGGGCGCAUCUGUCAUCUUGGGGUGCCGCAGCGCAGACAGGGGCCUCGAGGCCGCCGCAGACAUCCGGGAGGCAGUGCCCGGUGCGGACGUGGAAGCGAUGCUGCUGGACCUGCGAACGCUGGCCUCGAUACGCGAUUUUGCAACCAAAUUCAAGGAGAAGAAGCGGCCCUUGCACAUCCUAGUCAACAACGCUGGAGCGGUCCUGAGCCGUGAGUGGUACACGGAGCAAGGUGUGGGGGGCUCCGCCCAGGUCAACUUUCUAGGGCCCUACAUGCUGACCCGCCUCCUGGAGGACGAGCUUACACAGGGGGCCCCCUCGAAAGUUGUGAACGUGAGCUCAGUGAUGCAUCGAAUGGCGAGCAUCACAAGCGCGGACAAGUUUCUGCGCGACUUCAAGCACGGGAACUACACCAACACGAAGCUGGCCAACGUGCUCUUCACGCACGAGCUGCAGCGACGCUGGGGCGGCAAGGCCAUCGAAAGCUCCGCGGUCGACCCAGGCUCCGUGUACACCCGGGUCUGGCGCGGCUCCGUCUGGGAUCGCCCCCCUGGCUCCUGGCUCCUCAAGUCGAUCUACGGGCCUCCGGAGGACGGGGCGAUCGCGGUGAACCAUGCCGCCGUGGCGCCCAAUCGGAAAGUUCGGCCCUGGAAGCCGAGCCUGGGGGGCCCGGACGCCGAGGGGCGCUUCUUUGCCAAAGGCUUCUUCGCUUCCAAGCUGUUGACGGCCCACCCCCUGAGCAGCAGCUUCCCCGGCCUGGCGCCGCUGGAGCGCGCGGUUCUGACGGCGCCCAUUGCCCUGGUGUUGUCCAGUCUUGACUGGCCCGUGCGGUGGAUAUCGCGAGGUCGCUUCAACGGCGAGGUCCGCGAGGUGCGGCCCGCCCCCACUUCCCGGGACAGAGCGCUGGCCAAGGAACUGUGGGAGGAAGCGGAGAAGAUUGCCGGCCUGGCGGAGGUGGAGCCGCAGAGCGCACAAUGACAGAGGGGUGCGGCGCUGAAGGGUCGUUUCAACAGGCGUUCCAUGUCAUUUACGAGUUGGGUUAUAAUCGUCAACAAGGGUUCAUCAGCAAGAGUCAGCGAACGAGCCAUGUAAGGCUUGCACUUAGUCAGGUCGUAAUUUGGGGUUCCUCGUUAAAGUAGCCAUAGACACGUGCAAAAUAAAUCUCGUGUUGUUGUUUCCUUCAAUGGAACUGAGUAUUGGGCUCAACAAAGACAACGUUUCUAACCAUGAUUUGUUUUUUGAUCGAACCUUAUUGAAGAACUGGAAAGAUACUAAUUGGCUUCAAAAGGUACUUGAAUUUGUACUUCGAUUGCGGACUGUUGCAGGAGAUGGCGUUACAAACAUUCGCUAAGAUCGAAGUCGCGACUUACUAGUUUGACGAAAGCUAUCCUAAGUAAACCAAUGCAAAGUUAGUUACCAGGACAGGUUUCAACAUGCGCGAUUUUUGACUCCACGGCUUGACCUAUGUUGUAUAGUUUCAUUGACAAAAUUGUGGACUGGUG